UACUGUUGCAGCUGGUACAAGUUCAUGUGAAUCUCUUAUCAAUUGUUGAAUUUUACGUAGUUACAGGAAUCACAAACGAAUAUGCAUCCAGAUCUGUCAUCACAUCUACAUACUGAUGAAUGUAAUGGUAUCAUUCGGCAACUUCUAGACUGUCAUAAAGAGCACCCCAUGAAAAAAUUUGUUGGAGCAUGUGACGAGUACAAUACAGCUAUGAACAAAUGCUUCAAGAAAGAGUAUCAUUUACGACUCCAAGCCAAUAAGGAAAAGUCGGACGUAAGAAGGAAACGGAUGGGUCUGAUUGACUGACGUCCACCAACCUACACCGACGACCAACGUCUUCACGGAGGCGUAAGAUGCAGAUGCCUAAAUUUCUCUACACUGAAGGGCAACGGAGGAGGAAGGAAGCCAUUGCCAGCUAGGACUGAGCUAGAAUAUGUGAUCUGUUUUUACUCAAACAUGAUUAUAAGGCUUCCAAAGGAAGUUAUGGAAAGAGAAUUCAGGAUCAGGAUCAAAGAUGUAGUAAAAUCUGCAACAAGAGCUCACAAGAGUCACCAAUUUAUGUUUGAUUGAUCACACCUUAAAAUUUUCAUAACUUUCUUACUUACCAUAUUUUCCUCAAACUUUCA